UAGAGGUAUCAGUUAUAAUGUCUUCGUUCAAAAGUUUUAGCUAUUUAUCUGCAUUUAUCAGAAGGCGGCCAAGAAAACCUGUUGUAUAUUUGAUAAACUAAUAGUCUCAAAUAUGCCUGUUUUACCUUUUGCUAAUUCUAUUGGCUUUCUAUCGAACAGGUUCAAUAUAGACAGGAAUAUUGCAAGCAGCCAUGGUGAGCAUUAGAAGACGUAGACUUCUAGGACUAAGCUCUGGGAGAAGUUCGAUUGAGGAUCCACUACCUAAAACAUCUGAUAAUGGGCACAAUCCUGAAACCCCUAUGAAAAAUUCAAGGGCGUCUAGUGUGCAUCCUGUGCCUUUUAUUGAUAUUGACCAAGUAAAGGAGAAUGAUGCAUCAGAAGUACAUUCUGGAUCAUCAAAUGUGUCCAUUCCUAGCUCGUCAAAGGAGCAACAUCAUAAAAAGUUUUCAGGCAUUUCCACAGUUGUAGAAUUCAAGCGCAGAAAACGGUACAGGAGGAAACAAAUUGGAAACCAAGAACCUUGCAUAAUGCGAGGUGUUUAUUACAAGAAUAUGAGAUGGCAAGCGGCUAUUAAAGUUGAGAAGAAGCAAAUCCACUUAGGGACUGUUGGCUCACAAGAAGAGGCUGCUCGGUUGUAUGACAGAGCUGCUUUCAUGUGUGGAAGGGAACCUAACUUCGAGCUCUCUGAGAAGGAUAAAGAAGCACUUAGGAAGCUGAGCUGGGAGGAAUACUUAGCUAUGACUCGUUCUGAAAUAAAUAGCAAAAGACAUGAGCGAAGAACUAGGGGCCGGUCGAGCAGAAAGGUUGACACUAUAGAUAGCGGCUACUGUGACGUUGAUGAAGGAAGCAUUUCAGGCUCAGAAGAUUAAAGAUUACAACUCGAACUGUUGAAGCAGUUUUCGCUCAGAAGAUUAAAGUUUGCGACUAGCAAUUUUCUCCAGGAGCAGUCCCUGGAAGCCUAGUACUAAUGUUCUACUAUUCUUAGACUAGUAAAGUGUAAGCUGACUUUGUAUUUUAUUAAAUCACAAUCAGAUAUACAGCCAAUUUCUCAAUCCAAUUUUAAACUUUAAAAUUGUUCUCACGCUCUGGUUGGAGCCGUGGGAAGUGACAAUGUCUUGAAUUUAUUGGAUUUGGAUCGUUGAUUGGAAGACUGCUUUCGGCUGCUUUGCACUACUUACAUUUCCAUCUAAUUAUCUAAACAAGAAGCACCCUUACUAUUCUGUGAAUUCAGCAUAUCUGUGAAGGUUUUUCUUUCUUUUUUUUAAAGGUUAAAAUUGAUCAUGUUCAGCUAUCUUAUUUUCAGAAAUAAUUGACUUAAUUGUGUAAAAAUUACGUAAUUGUUUGAAAAAAACAAAUGCAAAUAAAAAACAUUAAAUACCUAUAAAAUACUUAAUUUCAAAAAAUAUUAGUUAAAUGUAAAAAAACAAAUCCCGAAACAAGUCCUUAUUUUGGAAAAAAAAGUUUGGCCGAACAUUUACAUUGUUAUCCUAGCAUCGACUCCCUCUGUUUGAA